GAGAGGGCGCCACAUGGUAGUUGAAUGAACCAAAUUUUAUCUUUCCUUUUUAUCUGGUGGCAGCCAAUCGAAUCGAUAAUCAGUUACUGCCGUGGCUAUGAUGACCACAAAUGUGGGCCGUUCACAAAGGAAUAUCAACAACCGGAACAGCUUCGAAGAUGACUUUGAAAUUCCGAUAUCCGAAGUCUCCGUCGCCAAGUUCGAGGCUCUGAACAGUCUGGGCGGCGCGGUACACGGCGCGCACUACCUCGCGGGCGCGCCGAUGCACCACAAGACGCACGAAGAGCUCCAGUCGUGCAUGUUGUCAGGCCGAGCCGAGAUGGAACGCCCGAAAGCCGAGCAGUUCGGCGUCGUCGCGGCGAUGCACCUUCCGUGCGAACCGGCACACCUUCCUUGCGAAGCUCCGAAGAGCUGCGACGAGAAUUUUGCCGAGGAGGACGACGGUGAGGAGGAAGAGGAAGAAGAAGAGGAAGAAGAAGACGAGGAGGAAGAAGAAGAGGAAGAAGAAAACGACGCCGCCACCGCUCCAGCCGCCACCGCCGCCGAAGCCGUUGCGGCGACGGGAGAGAACGCCGAGCAGACGUUCGACUUUGAUAAGUACAGGGAGGAGACGUUCGGCACGGACCCGUCGGACGUCGCCGAUGGCAACAACUCGAGCGAGCUGAGCGCAGUAAUGGACGAGGAGGGAGGAAUCUCGAGCGCGGGCAUGCAGGAGCUCAACCUCAAGCUGGAGGUGAACGGCUUUCUGAAUGGAGAGGGGAAGAAACGCUGGGAGUGCCACCUGUGCAACAAGGUCUACUCGACGAAGCACAACCUCAUGAUACACGUUCUCGACCACAGCGGCGUGAAGAUGCACUCGUGCCACGUCUGCCGCCGCCGAUUCAAGCAGCACAGCCACCUGCGCGCUCACCUGUUAAUACACAGCAAUACUCGGCCGCACGCAUGCUCCGUGUGCAGCAAAGCUUUCACACAGGUCACGCACUUGAGGCGUCACAUGAUUGCGAUUCACGGGGACGGUAAGAAACCACACACGUGUCAGAGCUGUGGUCGAGGCUUCGCAUUUCCCAGCGAGCUCAAGAUCCACAUAAGGAAGAUGCAUGACCGUCCCGGCAGCAGCCAGUGCGGUGAGUGCAACAAGACGUGCACGACACCGGAGAAGCUGCUAGCGCACAUGCAGCGUCACAGCCGCAGCAGCCUCGAGUGUAACGUCUGCCGACGCGAGUUCCUCUACCCGAGCCAGCUGAAGGACCACAUGAAGUCACACAGCACUGAGCGGCCGUUCAUGUGCGGCGAGUGCGGCAUGGAGUUCCUCAAGGAAGCGCACCUGAAGAAUCAUCAGCUGACACACACGGGAGAAAAGCCGCACAAGUGCAGGGUGUGCGGCCGCGAGUUCUCUCUCAAGUCGAACAUGAAGCGACACGAGAAGAUCCACCAGAACGAUCGUCAGUACAAGUGCCAG